CUUCGGAGUCAGACUUCAACAUUGAAAAUUGGGGUUGCCUUUUGACUUAUGAUUUAUUUCGUACAUAAAAAUUAUACCCACAUUAUCAUGCUUGAAGAUGAUAAUAGAACAAUUACGACUGAUUGACGACGUUGUACUGGUUUGAGAGAUGAAUAUUCUUCUGUUCGCUUUUGUGUUGUGAAAAAGGAAAAAAAUGUUUGGAAGACCGAGGUGCAGGGAAUGGACUCCUUUAACCACACAGCAACUUCGAUUACGAAGUUUAAUCCAGAUUGUUGGGUACAACAUACGCCCACCAGAGUGGUGUAAUCAUCAAUGUAGCUAUUACUUAACUCUACAUCACACAACAAUGUCAGCGCCGUUCUAUACAAGUGAGAGAAUAUCAUCACCCCAUCCUAAAUGGAAAGAAAUUGAUUCAGAAAUCACUCAACGUAUAUCGUCAACAAAUGUUGUUAUACGAAUCUGGUGUCAUAUGCUCUCACCUUGCAAAGACGGUGAAGAAACAAUUGAUCAAAUCCAAGAUACAGUAAUUCAAACAUGGGGUGUCUAUUUUAGCGGUCUUAGAUACAUUGGCGCGAAUUUAGCACUAAAUUUUAAUUCAGAUUGCUUUAAAAGCAACACACUUGUUUUCCAAAUGCUCGGAGGCUACUUCUGUUCCUAUAAAAGUCUAAAAUUAGAUAUAAUCCCACCAGAAAAUGAAACUGAACAGGGUUCAUUUUCAUCAGAUUCAUCAGACCGUUCUAAAAUUGAGUCUAAGUUGAUUAAAGACAUACGGUCCAUAUCUCCCGGAAAAUUAAAAAAGUUAGAUAAAGAAUACUCUAAAAGUCACAGUCCAGUUGAUAGAGGCUUUAAGCAGAGUUUCCCAACUCUCCGGCCCUCAUCUAGUUUAAAUAUAGGUAGGAAAAGGGAUGACAGCGCCGAGAGGAUGCAUAAUCCCAAUCAAAUAUACGAACAUUCGCCGGAUUUAGUUAAAGAAUUUAGGACCAGUGAUAUCAACUGUGAUAUAAACGGCGAAGACGUAUCGAGAAUAGAUUUGAGUGAAACUGCCGAAAGUUACGAUUUGAGGAACGAAAUGGACGGUGUUCCAAAAUAUCGAUAUAUGGCACUGAAUUUUCUAAAAUCGGAAAUUAGACCAAGCUACAAUGCGACUAAAUUGCAAAACCUCCAUUUACUACAGUAUGCUAUAAAGAAAAAGCAAGAAGCCGUUCAAGAGAUUAAGGAAAAUAUAUAUAAAAAGUCAGCGUUGUCUGACUCAAUAUCACAGCCGGAAUUUGAAGGAAAGUUGAAAAAUAAAAGUAAAUCACAGCGAAAUUUAUUUUCCCCACUUGAAGAUGAUUUAAAUAAGAUAAAAUCUUCUUCGCACUGUGAUUUGACCAAAAACGGAAGGAUAAAGGAAGAUAAAACGCCUGUAUCUAAUGGACCAAGACUGACUUUAAAAUUAAAUGAUUUGCUUUCAUAUAAGUCUAAGCCGUCUCCCUUCCAAAGGGCAGAGCACAUUAGACUAACGAAGCAAUUAGAAAUACUUCAUUUUAAGCGACUUAUCCUCUCAGAUGAAAGAGAUAGCAAAUAUGCAAAUAUUAGAAGACUAAAAGAGAGGCAGGCUAGGUUGUUUGAAGAGAAUCAGGAUGUUGGCUCUGAGCUGAUGACGAACUACUACGCGUUAUCCCGUCGCAACGAGUCGUUAAAGGAGUUGCGGGAAUCGUGUAAUGCGAUGCGUGAACUUGCAGCGCGAAAUCACGCGGCGCUUAGUAACUGUAGAAGCGAGCUAUUGCUACACCUGCAGAAGAUAUUUUAUAUAGAACAGAAAGAUGCAACCACAUGGACAAUAAUUGAUGUGCCUCUACCCAUAUGCGGUGAUGAUACGCGAGCAUCGAACCCGGUACCGGACAGUGUGGCUACGGGCUUUGUGGCUCAGGCCACAGUACUGGCUGCUGCGAUUUUGAACCAACCACUGCGAUAUAGAAUCACUUUGUUGGGCUCUGCUAGCAAAAUACUCGAUAUUACACCAGACUUGCCCGAUCCAAACCUACCGCUCUUCGCGAGAGGCGGCGACAUGACCCUAUUCCGUUAUGCCAUGUUCCUGUUAAAUAAAUGCAUAGCACAAUUACUAUGGGGUAGGGGUUUAGCCGUCCACGAUAUGAGACCGACUUUGGCUAAUUUACAACGCCUGCUAAUUACGCCCUGUAAUCUGUCGGAUACGUCAAAAUUAUUCGGUACGUAUCAAUGGUUGGCUGACGGCGAUUGUCCUAGAACGCAGUCCUUAAGAAGUCUUGUCGCCUCUGAUAGAGGGAAAUAUAGCAGGCAGUUUAAUAGAUUUAAGGAAUGCGUAGACGGACACACGUCGCAUAAGAAAUCACUGCAAAGACAUAAACACUCUAGAAGCGAUGGCAGUUGCUAUCAAGAGGAUGCUAAUCUCACAACGCUAAAUACGUCAUCUACAUCGAUUAUGGGGAGUGAAUCAAAUUUAUAUAAUAUAAAAUUAGCAGAAUCCAGCAAUUUCAAAACCCAAUCGAACCCCGAAAUAUCAUCAAUGAACAGUGAAGAAUUGCUUUUCGCGAUCGGGGAUGAUGAGAAGCUCCUCAAAAUAUCAUCAAACAACGAUGACGUUUCCGAAAUCUGUUCAGCCAUCAAGGACUAUUGCGCGAAGACAGACUUACAAAACUUCGAUGUGGUGAAGCAUAUGCAAUGUGACACAGAUGUGUGUCCGGAAAUUGAGGAUUUAUGUGUGAGUUGCGAUAGGAAUAGUGAUGUGUGUAAUCUGGAGUGUUCGAACAAUGUGUCUGACGUCAUUGUUAUACCCAGUGCCGAGGCGAUUAUUGAGGAUUGACAAUAGCGCCAUCUAGAAUUUAUUAAAGGGCUGUUAUUUUAAAUUAGGUACGGUAGAGAAUAUUUUUAUUUUUACUCUGUUAAAUUUACAUAACAAGAGCUAGACCAGACCAGAAACAUUUGCACGUCACGCUUUGCACUUUCAUCUUCAAUUUUCGAAUUUCGGGCUUAGAAGACGUUUAAGUAUUACGUAAGCACUGUAGGGGCGGGGGGGUCUUUAAGUUUCUUAUUUGGUGAUUACGUCAACAGUAAUUAUUUACUUUUUUACACAUACUACCCACACAUUGUCUAUGCUGAAAACGCAUUGUAUUUUCGAGAUUUCCUACAAAAAAUUAAUACGUUUAUGUACUAUUGAGCUUUGCUCACCUUUGCUGACAAGAAAAAGGAGGGGGGGGGGGGGGAAUAAAUUACAUUACAUCUGCUUACGUAAUACUUGAACGGGCUACUAUAUACUAUAAAUUGUUUAUGGGCUUGCAUUAAGAUGUAUUUUACAAUGCUCAAAAAGGUAAUAUGUGCCUUUCAAGCCCUUCUAACAACUCAUUGCCCAUAUAUAUUGUUACUGUCAUAGCAUUUGUAAUUUUUUGUAUAGUUAAGCUAAUUUAAUACACAUAUAUAUUAUCCAUUAUAAAUGAUAAAAAUUCGUUAAGUAUUAUGUACAUAUUUUAGAUAUACAUAAUAUAAUUCUUAAAACUGAAUUAUUUAAAUUAUUUUUUUAACUUAAGUUCGUCACGGUAUGAGUAAACUGAAAAAAUUCUUGUCGGAUUUGGAAAUCGGACCAUGAAAUGCCGAAACGAUUAUUAAACCUAAUAAGACGCGGACUGUCUGUUGCCAUGGUUACCAAAUAUCCGCGGCGACGCGACGCCAGCGUUGGCCGGGUACUGCACGCUUUUUUCUGGUGUCGCGUUCGUAAAAAACGUUGCGCUGGUGCCGCGUAAUCCCGGAGCAUUCGGCACGCGGCCAGCGCUAGCGUCACGUCGACGCUGUGCGGACGUUGACACGACGACGACGCUCGGAAGACGUUAGUGUGGGGAGUCACUAAGGGGUUCACAGUCGAAACUGACGACUCCUAUAAUAUAAAACAUAUGGGAGUAACAAGUCAGUAGUGAUUGCAAUGAGCAGUACGAAAAAAAACUGUGUAAAAUUCUAUAGAAUUUCUUUACAAGUUAAAUUUUUAACUUGGUUGGAUAACGUCAUAAAUAGAUCGCGCUAAUCCCCCAAGUGAUUGUAUAUAAAUGAGAAAAGUCUGUAAGUAGAAUUUUUGGUUCGUGUUAUGUUUAAUAGAUUUCGAAAUGAGUUUAUAUGUGAUAUAAUAUAAUUUCGAUUGAAUAUAAUAAUUUAUUGUAUUUUAAUGAUAUUGUAAAAAUGUGUCAAUUUGUAAUAAAUGGUAAUGGCGUUGGGUUAUUUUCUGUCAUUGGUUUUUGAAUAUUGAUUUAGAAAUAUUUCUCCGGAAAGGAAAAAGAAACUAGAUGGCGUUUUCUCCAAUCUCAAUAGUACGUACUAGUACGUACUCUUAAUUACGUACGUACGAAUAAAAUCUCGAAGUAUGCUGUAUGCCAUUUUUGACAGCUGGCUUUUGGAAAAUGGCCGCGACGCUAUGCCUUAACUUACAAUGUAUUCACUUAUAAUUCUCAUAUUUCAUAUUAUAUUGUUAUUUAAUUUACUUAAAUAAUAACUUUGUUAUAAUUUGGAAUGUUUAUCUAAUAUAAUCCGUGUUUUGUUAAUAGAAAGCUGGGCGCAAACACCAAAAUUUAAGUCAUUCAAAAAAAGGUUGUAAUUUACUUCAAUUGUAAUUUUUACGUUUAGCCAAAAAAACGUGGAUUAAGAACAGUGAUUCUUAGACUGGGUUCACACGGCAUUGUGCUGUUUUUUUUUGCAGUAUACGUCUUAACAAAUAAAUAGUGGCUCAUGUAUUUUACAUAGACCCAUUCACACGGCGUUUGUACUGCAAAAUAUCGUACACCGUUUAUACGUUCAAACGAAUACUCAACGAACUUGUCAAGCAAAUCGAAUAAACUUUAACAUAAUAUUCGGUUUAAAGUGGCACAUAAUAUAGCUCUGUCUCGUUCUCGCUCACUGUGACAACUGUGUGAAGACUGCGGCUAUUCGUAUUUUACACGAAUGAAAAUCUACCAUGUGAACACCCGGGUGAA